AUUUACAGCGACCUUUGAGCUUGAUUCAUGAUUUUUCUAUUAACUCUCUCCUCCAGAAGUAUAUAACUCCUCCAGAAGUAUAUAAAGUCUAAAAACUACUGACAAAAACCUGAAAAUGCUACUCCAAAGCUCUAUUCUCUUGCUUUCCGUCUCCCUUGCAGCGUGCCAAAUUUCCACUGCACCAUGCCAAGAUGACCCGUAUACGGAUUGCAGGGACUACGCGGCUCUUUGCAAUAAUCCAAUGUACAAAAAUUUUCUAGAUGUUUUUUGUCCAAAAACUUGUGGGCUUUGCUCGGAUUCGACUACUUUAGUUCCGCCGACAGGGAGCUCGAAUUGUGUGGAUACAAAUGUUCAUUGCAAAUCAUGGGUGAAGCAGGGUUACUGUACUUCUUGCUUUGUGGAUUGUGCUGAAAGAAUUCAAAACUGUGCAAAAUCAUGUGGCUUCUGCAACCCGGGAGCCUGCAUAAAUUGCCAGCAACGGGAGAAAUUUGCUAAUAAUAUUUUCAUCAAUUGAAUUUUAUUUUAAUAUUGAACACUGUUAAUAAAAGUAUAGCGAAGUUUUAUAGGAAAAAUGUUAAACUCUGCAAAUUUUAGGACUAUUUCUGAGACUCUUAUUUAUAUCAUUUUAUGCUAUACAGAAUACAGUUUUAUAAAUUUUGCC